GUGAUUUUGUUGCGUCUGCUACUCCACACUCGUCUACUCUGCUCCGAAACCAUGGACCUGCAUCAGCUCAACGAAAACGAAGCCCAAGGAUCCAUCGACGAGCUCAACGAAGGAGGCGGUGGAAAAGGCGAUCACUUCGUCUCAGGCGAACUCAACGAAGCAGGCGGAGGACAAGGUGGUCACUUCGGCUCCGGCGAAAUUAUUAGUCAAGAAAAUAUGCUUGAAGAAGAUUCGUCAAGUUCAACUACUCAUCGCUGCCACAAAAUCAUUAAUGAUAUCCAAAGCUUCCUUCCCACCUCUCGGCCCCGUGUUUCUGAUUAUCUGGAACAGAUAAUACAGGGGAUAGAACAGAUCAUCAACAAGGGCUAUGGCUACCUGGCUGAUGGAGAUGCGUUCUUUGCCGUCUAUGCUGAUCAAAAGUUGGAAUAUGCUACAGAUGGUGCACAAAUUUCUCUCAAGCUAAUAAAGCACCAUCCAGCAGAUUUUCUGUUGUGGAAGUCUGCGAAGGCUGGUGAGCCAAAUUGGUACGGCCCUUGGGGACCUGGGAGACCAGGGUGGCCAAUUGCAUGCAGUGCAAUGACUCCUCAUCUGCCAUUCGAGUUUGAUAUCCAUGCUGGCAGCAGUGACUUGAUUUGUCCAAAUCAAACUGAAAUUUCUGCUCCGAGUAGUGCUGACCAGAAUGGGCUUGUCACUAUUGAUAACAAGAGAAUGUCAGAAUCAACUCUCACAACUCGUUGGAUUACUCAAUACUAUCAUCCCCUGGCAGUAAGAUACUUCCUGUUAAGUGCACGCUUCACGUCUUCUAUCAAGUUUACUGUCUCUCAUCUGGAAAGCGCAUCAACUGCCAUGUAUUCCAUAUAUGAGACUCUGCAAGACUGUGAAGAUGCUUUAUCUUCUCUGACCGGAGGAGCAGAGGAAAGCAGUACAGCAGUUACAAUUACUACAGCCCAAAACGACAGCAUUGAGCUAAAGAAGCAGUUUGAGACUCAAAUGACUGAUGAUUUGGACAUAUCCCACAUAAUGAAUGAUGCUUUUCAAGGUGCUCUUGAUCUUCUAAAGAAAACCUUAAAUGUGCUCAAGGAGCAGCAGCCAGCAUCAUUUCAUUGUUUACUUGAAACAGUGAAAGAAGUUAAAGCAGUCCUGGACAUUCUCUGUUUGCUGCCCUCCCUUCCAUACUCUCAGGUUUUGCAGCAACUAAAAGAUACGACACUGAAGAGAGAACAGCUUUCAAAAGGUGGUGCUGUAAGCAGGAAAUUAGAUAGAGCAGACCUGGAAGAGUGUAAUACAAACUGUACUUCUUCUGUGGAUGUGAGGAAAGGAGGAAAGCUGGAUUUGAGCUGCACAUCUAAUGUCGGAAAGGAAAUAGUACCGUCGAACCUUUCUGAUAUACCAGAGUGGAUACUUGUUGAUAUUCUGUCACUCCUCUCAGUCAAGGAUGCGGCAUUAAUCAGUUUCACCUGCAAAGCAUGGGAAAAUUUGUGGACCUAUUCUACAAAUCUGACUUUUGUUAACCACACAGGCCCCUCUGCCAACCUUGACAUUGGACUGAAGAUUAGAGAGAGGGAAAAGUAUGUUGGCUGGGUCAGAGAUGUUCUAAAGUAGUACAGAGGGACGAAGCUUGAUAAGUUCCAUAUCUUCUUCGAUUUGGACAGCAGCUAUACAAGCGAAAUUGAUGAUUGGGUAGAGUUUGCUCUCGAACGCGAUGUUAAAGCGUUGAUCUUGGAAAUGGUCAGCCCUUUUGAUCCUUCUCGUAAUAACUAUUCCUUUACUAAGCGGAUUACGGGCGAGUCCCUCCAAGUGUUGGUGCUUGAAAAUGUUGAUCUGAAUGGAGAGGUUUUUCAGCAUAUAUCUCAUUUUCGAGGACUUGAACAACUAUCAGUGACUGGUGCAUCUGGUUUAAAUCGCAUCAGAAUGUUUGGUUCUUCUGUACGUUUGAAGUCCUUAGUGGUCAGAUAUUGUUGGAAUCUUGAGAUUAUUGAGAUCUGUGAUUUACCUCAGCUUGCUUUCUUUGAGUUUGAGGGAAGACCUAUAAGCCUGGACCUGAACUCAGUUCCAAAUCUAGUGAAAGUGUCCCUUGGCGAGGAUGACCUGGAAUUCUUAAAAGUAGCCUUCAAGCAGCUUGCUUGCUGUCUCUGUCAGCUAAGAACUCUUACUCUGGAUAACACACUUGGUUUUCUGACACAAGAGAUUGUUGUCUUUCCUAUUCCUCAGUUACCAGAGCUUGUGUGCUUGGAGUUGCGAAUCUCACCAGAUGAUGCAUGUGUGCUGUUGCAAUUGGCAUGUUUUUUGGAUGCAUCUCCUCGCUUGCAGAAGUUAGUUUUAAAGUUUGACUUUCUAGGGUCGGGGAUAAAUUUGUGGAAAGCCGAGAGCCAUCCGCACAAAAACUUAAAGGUGGUUGAGGUUAUUGGAUUCUUUGAUUGCCCAGCAGCGACUGAUAUUGUCACAUUCAUAGUGGACAAUGCUGCUGGGCUAGAAAGUCUGGUGAUCGAUCCUGUUGUCCCAUGGUGUGAGCAUCGUAGAGGAAGGAAGCCUGAUGAGUUAAUUGAGAAGGAACGAAAAGGGAGGCAGCACGCAAUGUCGCUUAGAAGUAUGCUGCCAGGCAUGGACGGUGGAAACUCUUCUAGUGAUUGAUAGAUACCAGUAAUCUGUUUGGUAUUGGAGAGUGGAGACGGUAUUUGGAUUUGAGAUGUUGAAACCACUUGAAAAACAAAUGUAAAGGACCUUGCAAAUUAGUUCCAUGUUUCGGUAAAUUUGUAGUUUACUACAGUUGCUCUCUGAUGGUGGUUAACGCAUAGUUAAUCGGGAUGUUGAUGGGCCACUGGGCCAGACAAAUGUACAACAAGGCAUUCAGCGUUUUGGGUAUAAAAUGAGUGAGUAAAUAAUUUCCGUUUA